AUGCGCUUCUCUUGCUUAGCAGUCGUCCUUCAAAGCGCCAGUAUCUUCGUGACGACUCUUGGCGCUCACACGACGAGACACAUUGAUGAGAAAUCUAAGGCAUUCGAUUGUGGUGAACAGGUAUUGAAGCAAGAAAAUUAUGCAGGGCUAGAAAAAUCGGAAAUAACGAAAGAGAAUAAUCCUCUCUUCUGGACUUUGAGGAACGGAUUCAGAAGAGCGAUGGAAGAUACGAUUGACGAGAGAAUCGUUUUGUAUGGUGACAGCGAGCACAAAAAGUUGAAAUUUUUCAAAUUGAAUGCAUUAUCGAAAGGCUACAACGAAAAUAAGAACAGAAUAUACGAGAGCUACUACCUCAUUCUAGAUGAAAGUAAUUGUGUGAGUGGUAUAAUAAAGAGGAAAUAUGAAACUCGUCUCGAAUGGAAUUGGACAGAAAUACCACUAGAAACUUUCUGGAUGUGCAAAGUUGGCUGA